AGCUCAAAUCCGUGAUAGUGGAACUUGCCCAAGGUUACAGUUAACAAACUUCAGAACUGGGACUCAGACUCCACCUGCCCCUUCACCACCCUCUCUGUGCCUGUCUCCAGAUCUUGGAAGUGCAAAUGUCCCUGAGUGAGACCAGCACUUGCUGAAUAAACCUCCUUGAGAACGAAGCUGACGCCCCCCACAUCUCUCCCUGGGGACACAGCCUCCUCCAGGUGGCAUGCAGCAGGAUGGACAGUGUGCCCCUCAUCUGUGACUACGGCUCAGGCUUCAGCAAGGUGGGGUUUGCAGGAAUGGAUGCCCCCCUGGGCGUGUUCCCAACUAUCCUCGGGAAACUCCGGCACGAUAAAGUGCUGGUGGGUAUGGAGGAGGAGGACCGCUUCAUCGGGGACGAGGUUCAGAAGAAACGAGAGAAGCUCAACCUGCAAUAUCCCAUUUCUCGGGGAACCGUCACUAACUGGGACGACAUGGAAAAGAUCUGGCAUCACUCCUUCUACCAGGUGCUCCGCAUCGCCCCGGAGCAGCACCCUGUGCUGGUGGCAGACCCGCCUCUAAAUGCAACAGCCAACAAAGAGAAAGUGAUGCAGAUCCUGUUUGAGACCUUCAACAUACCCGCCCUGUAUAUAGCCAACCAAGCAGUCCUGUCUAUGUACGCCUCCGGCCAAACCUCCGGAACGACUGUUGAAUCUGGAGAAGGAAUGACAUACUUUGUGCCCAUCGUUGACGGCUGUCCUUUGCAUCAGUCGACCUUCCAGGUGGAUGUAGCCGGCCAAGACCUAACCUUAUACCUGUGUCAACUCUUGGCGGACAAUGAGCAAUUUUUGGUGGGCACAGCUGGCCGGGAGUGGGUCAGGGACGUGAAGGAGAAGUGUUGCUAUGUGGCUUUGGACUUUGACAAGGAAAAGGUGAAAACCAACUUGCCUUCCUGCCAGCAGAAGUACCAGCUGCCCGACGGCCAGGAGAUCACCCUGGGGCAGGAGCGCUUCCUCUGCCCCGAGGUGCUCUUCCAGACGGACCUCGUAGGGAAAAACACCCUUGGCAUCCACAUGAUGGCCUUCCAGAGCGUCACCUCCUGCAGGCCCACCCUCUGGAACAUCCUCUUCAGCCACAUGAUAUUGUCUGGAGGGACUGGCACCUGCCCCGGCCUGUGCUCCCGGAUGAAGAGAGAACUAUCUGGCCUGGUGUCCCCUGAACUCACCGUGAAGACCAGGGUGACACGUGAAAAUGAACACACCGCAACAAUCCUUGCUCCAGAGCCACAGGGAAGCAUCAGGAAUCCUGUGGAAAGACAAAGGCAUCAGCUGCUGUCACACAAAAAUGUUCUCCAGAGCUUCCCACUCCCUAAGCCUUCAGCCCUCUGUAUAUACGUCAUAAAAAUCCACGUAAUACUGGGAAGCUAUGAGCCAUUUCCUUCCUGCCUAAGUCUGCAGCCCUCAUGAUGUCACCUUACCUAGUACCACAGGCAUUUAUAUAAUGCUAGAAAAUUGUCACCCCUCCCAUCCUCUCUCUCUGGCAUCUUCAGCUCUCCUCGCGUAUUCUGUUUCUGGUAUUCCUGUGUCAGCUCCCAGAUCUCUCAAGGCUUUUAUGAGUAAGGAACAUUGGCUAAAUCAGAAUGGAAGGCCACUGCUUAGCCCAGUAUGCAAAACGAAUUAAAACUGAAUAUCGUACUUCUGUAAGUUUCUUGACCACAUUGCAAAGGGGAUCAUCUCUUGGGCCAUCUUUGUCCUGCCAGCAUGUGGCUGGGCGUGCUUUGGUCCAAGCCCUUCCAUCCUCUGAGUCCUCAAGGUGCCUCCACCGCCCCUACCCGCCCCAGUAAAACCUGCUUUAUAUGAAGCCCGAUGGUAACACCCAUUGCCUGUAACUUUGUUGUGAUUUAGCUCUUCUCUGUCUCCUUUCUCUCCUGCCCGACCCAUCUCUGGAAGGGGUAGGGAGGCGGGUCCACCUGUAACCAUCCAUAAAGCUCAUUGAAUUGUUCCCCUAAAGAAGGGAAGGUCUCUCCCCUCAGAUGAUCCCAUCCGCCUUGAG